CCCUCCUCGCUGCUCGUCGCUGCACCUCGCACCCGCGCCUCGCUCGCCGCUCACCGAGCCGCACGGCGCCAUGUCCGCCGCCGCCGCCGCUGCGCCCGUGCCGCGCCGAGGCGCUGCGGCGCACAGCCGCGAGAAGCUGCGCCUCUGCCACAGCAUCGUGCUCGACCACUUCGGGCCCACCGCGGCGCGCGUCGCCUCGGUGCUGCUGCAGCGCGGCCGCCUCUCGCUGCGCGAGCUCAUGCGCUUCCUCGCCACGUCGAGCGCCGCCGCCGCCGCCGGCCUGUCUGCCAGCGACAAGAUCUCGGCCGGCUCGGGCUCGGUGGACAUUGCUGCGUCUGCUGCUGCCGCUGCAGUGGCGGCCGCCGCCUCGGCCGCAGCGUCGCCGCUGAAGAGUCGGCGUCUCGUGCAGCAGACGCUGCUCAUCCUCGUGCAGCACGGUCUUUGCUGGCACGUGCGCCUCGACGCCGACGGCAUGAUCCUCGACGACGACAACGACGACGACGCCGGGGCAGGUACCGAGUGGUUCGAGAUGAAUGCCGACGCGAUCCUGCCGCGGGUACGCCUUGGCCGCUACGUCGACAUCGCCGAGGCUGUCGGCGGCAGUGAGGCGCGCGACGUGGUCCGCCUGAUCCUGCAGAACGGCCGUCUGCAGGCCAGCGACGUGAUCGAGCGGCUGGGCGAUGGCGAUGCGAAGCGCUCUGCGUCGGUCGCGCAAUUGCUACGCACGCUGCUCUACAAGGCCUACCUGCGGCCGUCGGUCGUGAGCCAGACGAGCAACCCGCGCGACAAGGAAAUCUCGUACGAGCUCAACGAGGUCAAGGGCGACCGAAACAUCAAGACGCCCAAGCAGCUCAAGGAGAUCAAGGAGCGCGUCGCGCUGACGCUGGCCGACGAGGAGCGCGCGCAGUGGGAGGGCGGCACCAUGGACGCCGGCGGCGUGCUGCAGGGCGGCAGCGGCCGGCUUGGCCUGUUGAAACGCAAGGCGGCCAAGCAGGGCUCCAAGAAAAAGGGCGCCGCUGCUGCGUCGUCCAAGAAGCAAAAGGGUGAGAAUGGCAAGGCCAAGGAGGCGCCUGUCUCGCUGGCGGGUGCCGAGGACGACGAGGUCCUGGAAGGACUCGAGAUCGAUCCAAACGUCUUCCUGCUGGUCCACUACGACCGCUUCGACGUGCACAUUCGCGACGAGGUCAUUUACAAGGCCGUCGAGGGCAAGUACAACAAGAACUUUGCCGACGUGCUGCGCCUCAUGGUCUCUGCGGGCGAGGCGCGCUCGGAACGGCCUAGCGCCCGCAACGAGACGUCAGGCAUCGUAUCCAACACCCUGCUGAGCACCCAUCUGGGCUCCAUCUCGCUGUCAAAAGGCUUCGACAAGGACUACCUGCGCUCGUCGGGCUCAUCAGGCUCGGGGCCCUCGCGCUUCGAGCUGCUGGCCGAGUACGCCGGCGUCCUGUCUGCGGUGGACAACGUGUCGCCCGAGGCACAGUCCACGCGCUUCCUCGCCCCCGUCGGCAGCGGCACGACGAUCAGCGCCGGCGGCUCGCGUGCGCCGCAGACGUUCACCAUCGAGUACGCCAACAUCGCACGCAGCCUCAAGCGGGCGCUGCUGCGCAACGUCGUCGAGAACCAGUUCAGCUCCGCAGCCACGCGCAUCAUGAGCAUCCUCAUGACUAUGGGCAAGCUGGAGGAGAAGCACAUCGCAAAGGUGGCGCUGCUCUCGGUCAACGACACGCGCGACGUCUGCGCGCGUCUCUUUGCCGCCUCGCUCAUCUCGAUGCAGGAGGUGCCCAAGUCGGCCGACCGCUCGAACCCGCAGCGCAUGUUCUUCCUGUGGUACGUCGACGAGGCCAAGUCGCGCGCCUGGCUGCUCGACCACCUGUACAAGACGCAAGCGCGCCUGGCGCAGCGGCGGCGCGAAGAGGCGCGGCGACAGGAGGCGCUGCUGCGCAAGACGGAGCGCAGCGACGUCAAGAUGGACGCCGCGACGCUGCUCGCCGACUGGGAGAAGGAGCAGCUGACGCGUCUCAACAAGACGCUCGAGCUGCUCACCGUCGAGGAGAUGCGCACAGACCUCGACGCCUUUGUCGUCAGCCAUCUGCCGGGGUGACGCGUGACGUGUGCAAUCUAAUCUAGUAAUACAGGGAAGCGU